ACUAUGAAAUUGUAUAUAAUUCUUGGUUGUAUGAUGCAAUGUUGUUCGCUUGGGUUACAAAAGAAUCUCAAUUCGCUCAAAAUCACCAAGGUGGAAUGUAUUCCUAACAAUCACUGGGUCGGUGAUGUAGAAUGCUUCUUGAAACCGCUCAGAAAUAGGUCCAUUCAACUUCAAGCAAAAAUGCCUGUCAAAAGGACGAUUAAUUCUGUGAAGUUUCAUAUUCAAAUCUUUCGAUGGUAUAGUGGAUUUCGUCCGUAUCUAGUCGAUUUCUGGUUCGACUUCUGCGAUGUAGUGUCAAAAUCUAAAAAUAUGAAUCCUCUGUUGAGGCCCUUUUAUAUGUUAAUAACGACGUAUUCAACAUUAAAGCAUCCAUGUCCUAUCGAAGGAUUAGUUGAGGUUCCGCCAGCUGUACCUGACUUGUCAGUUUUCCCGUCGAUGCUCGUAACAGGGGUUUACCUUUUGAAUAUCACUGCAGUGGAGAAAAACCUUAACGAGUGGAUCUUCACAUUCAGAGUUAAGGCAGAAGUUACCAGUGACUUAAAAGAAUGACAGGAGGACCUUCUUCUGAAUUUAUAAUGAUAUCACGGUGCACAGUUUUUAUUGUUUACACUAGUUUAGUAACCAAGUUCAGGUUGUAUAUU